GUGCGCGUGUGCAAUUACUCAAUUCGCCCUUGCACGCAUAAACAAUGCAUUUUUUUGUACAUUUGGCAAAGGCUAAAGUCUACAAAGCGCAGUCUACUCUGUUUGUUACAGAUCCUUGGAAACAGACAACUGUAUGGAGAUCAAAUGUUUCAUCGAUGAGCAAAUUUGCAGAAUGUCGCUCCAUCUUCUCCCACUGCCGGCCAUUGGGCUUCCUCUCAUCACCAUAUUUGGUAGUGUUAAACUCCAACCGGAUGCGUCACAGUUAUACAUCCGAUGAAAUAUCGGGCUCAUUGUUCUAUCUGUGUGUAUAAUCUGUGUAUCUACGCUACAACAUGACCUAUAGUGUACGUCGUUGCGUCGUGCGUAGCGGGUGGGACAACGCUCGUGCACUGCAUUGUUGUGGGGGGAGAGCUCGAGUUUGCAGUUGCAGCCUCAAAACGGUUCCAGGCUAUAGGGAAGAGGCCAAUUCAGAUCCUUGAGCAAAUGCUUUUAUGCUCAUGAUAGAACCCCGUCUAGUAUUUAACAAGACGCAGAGGGCUCCCAACUGCAUUAUUCUCCUUUAUUACUGAAAAAGCCUAAGCAUCUACUGCUGGAUGAGAACAUUGUGUACGGAAUUACACUUACUGAGCAGGCCACAUCGCCAUUCCUUUCAAAGGCUGUUGACAAGCUACUAUCUACAACCAGCAAAGCUGUUUCUAGUUCUAAGCUGUUCAGGUGUCGAGGAUGAGGAAGAAGGCUCGGCACCACAGGGUCCCCGAGCCCCAGAGGCCGCCCUCCCCCAUCCAGCCAUCCCCCAACAAACAGACUCUGACCUAUGCCCAGGCCCAGCGCAUGGUGGACAUGGAGAUUGAUGGCCGGAUGCACCGGAUCAGCAUCUACGACAAGCUGGACGUGAUCUCGGAUGAUGACCCUACGGCUCAGGAGAUUAUGGAGUGCACCAGCAACAAGGAGAACAUGGAGAAGCCUCAGCAGACGUUAAUGCGCUCCGUCCGGUUAAAAAACAACCAGGAGAAGAGAAGUGCAGCUGCUGUCGCACAGAACCACACAACACAUGGAGCUACAGCAGCACCAGUACAGACACUUCCAGAGGCCAAGAUCCGGACUGUGGAGUAUAACCUACCAGCGGUCCCCAGGAGGCCCCCAGUGUACUAUAAGUAUGUGGAGAAGACGUCAGAGGAGUUAGAUGAGGAGGUGGAGUAUGAUAUGGAUGAGGAGGACUACGCCUGGCUGGAAGUAGUUAACGAUACGAGGAGGAGUGAGGGUGUCAGUCAGGUGUCCCACAACGUGUUUGAGUUCCUGGUGGACCGCUUUGAGAAGGAGACACAGAUGGAGAAGGUGAGCCAGGGCCAGGACAAGCUGACCAUAGACGAGGACGCUGUCUGCUGCAUCUGCAUGGACGGAGAUGGCCAGGACAGCAACGUCAUCCUCUUCUGUGACAUGUGCAACUUGGCCGUGCACCAAGAGUGUUACGGUGUCCCUUACAUCCCAGAGGGACAGUGGCUAUGCCGGCACUGCCUCCAGUCGCCCACCCAGCCUGCAGGCUGCAUACUGUGUCCUAACAAAGGUGGAGCAGUGAAAAAGACUGACGAUGACCGCUGGGGUCAUGUGGUGUGCGCCCUGUGGGUGCCGGAGGUAGGGUUUUCCAACACAGUCUUCAUCGAGCCCAUCGACGGAGUCAGCAACAUACCGUCCGCCCGCUGGAAGCUCACCUGCUACCUCUGUAAGGAGAAGGGGGUGGGGGCCUGUAUCCAGUGUCACAAGGCUAACUGCUACACCGCCUUCCACGUUAGCUGUGCUCAGAAAGCAGGACUCUUUAUGAAGAUGGAACCAAUCAAGGAGUUUACAGAGACCGGCGAACCAACGUUUUCGGUGAAGAAGACUGCUUACUGUGGGGCUCACACCCCCAACAGUUCGGUCAAAAGACCCCUCACCAUCUACGAGGACGCCAAACCCAAAAAUGGAUUGUGUUCCCCUCUGAAAGGGGAGAAGACGAGGGGCGCCAAUGCACUGACGAAAGGCAGGAAAAGGAAGAGCAAGAAGGUGGCGCCAGAGGAAGAGGUCCCACCCUUGGCCGUGCCUAGCUUUCCUCCCCAAAGGUUAAACACCAUCCUCAACCGGGUGUCUAUGCAGAAAAAGAAGGUGUUUGUGGAGCUGGCUCUAAACUACUGGACUCUAAAGAGACAGGCGAGGAACGGAGUACCCCUCAUCAGACGACUACAGUCCAGCCAACAGUCCCACCAGAAGACCCAUGCUGCACAGCCGAAGGAGAGUGAGGAGGAGACCCGGGCUCUGAAGGAGCAGCUCAAGGAGUGGCAUCGUCUAAGACAUGACCUGGAGAGAGCCAGGCUAUUGCUGGAGCUCAUACGCAAGAGGGAGAAACUCAAGAGAGAAGAGAUGAAGCUGCAGCAGAGCCUGUUAGAGGUCCAGCUGACUCCCUUCAGUAUCCUGCUCAGGUCUGUGCUGGAACAGCUACAGGAGAGAGACCAGUCCUUGAUCUUUGCCCAUCCUGUCGACAUCAAAGAGGUGCCUGACUACCUUGACCACAUCAAGAACCCCAUGGAUUUCUCCACUAUGAGGAAACGCAUUGACGACCAGGUCUACAGCAACCUGGAUGACUUUGAGUCUGACUUCAAUCUCAUCAUCUUCAACUGCAUGAAGUACAACUGUAAGGAUACCUUCUUCCACCGGGCGGCCGCCCGUCUCCGAGACCAGGGUGGGGCUUUGAUCAGGAAGACGCGGAGGGAUGUGGAACGAAUCGGCUUCGAGAAGGACAGCGGGAUGCACCUGCCCGAACCGCCCAAGAUCGAAGCGCCUCCACUGUUUUCCUGGGAGGACGUGGACCAGUUAUUGGUCCCAGCCAACCGGCAGCACAUGCCUCUGGAGGAGCAGCUGAGAGAGCUGCUGGAGAAACUGGACCUGACGUUCUCCAUGAAGUCCAGCCCGUCACGCUCCAAACGCCUCAAGCUGCUCAAGAAGACCAUCAACGACGUGCGCAGCGAGAUGAGCUUCGGCCUGAGGAGGGCGUCCCACCACUCCCAUUUGCACUCUUCUUCCUCCCAUCCAGAAAGGAGUGAAGCUGGGGAGGCAGAGGGCGUGAAGACCAAUGGACAGAGUCCUGAUAAUGAGGGGGACAAAUCAUUACCUCCCAAAUUGGAACCCCCUGACUCCCUAGCUCCUCUCCUGCACUUCGAGAGUAACUCAGAACCCCCUACCCUCAAACCCAUCCACCCCAACCACACCCCAGACAGCAAGACCCACGAACAGGUCAAAUUUGACCGGGAGAAACCCAACAACGCUUCCUCCACCACUACCAAGACCCUUCUCAAUGGCUACUCCGACUCCCAGAACCCCCUGCUUCUUUCAAAGGGGGACGUGAGUGUGGUGGCCACCUCCACCCUGGCCCAACCCUCGGAAGCGACUGUCAACCGCCGCACUGCCGUGCUCUUCAAGAAGUCAAAGACCUCUAACCCCGGGAAGAACCAGGGGGGGAGAGGAGGCGGCGAGGCCCAGACAGGGUGCCCUCAGCUGGGCACCAAGACCUUCCUGUCGGUGAUGAUCCCCAGGCUGGAGACCCUCCUCCACCCAAGGACUAGGAAGAGGAGCCACAGUCUCCGUGGGGGGUACAGCGAGGGGGGUGGAGACAGGGAGGACGAGUCCCCUGUCAAACACAUUAACACAGGCCUGUCUAAUGGUUUUGCGAUGGAGGAGGUCAUUGAUGAAGAGAAGGAGCUAAGUGCCAGCAGGCCUCUAGAAACCAGGAGACGGUGUGCCUCUGAGUCCAGCAUCUCAUCUAGUGGUAGUCUGCUGGGCAGCACCAGCAGCACCCUCAGUCUUCCAACAUGUGGUAAAGGCAAACCGGCCUUGGUCCGAAGAAACACUGUGGAUGAUAAGAACGACCUCAUUGCCUGCAUAGAAACCGGGAACUUUGCCAGAGCUGCUAGGAUUGCCGCCGAAGUUGGCAACAGCAAUAUUUGGAUGCCUGCUAGUGCUGCAACAGUUGUUCUGGAACCUUUAAAGCUAGUUUGGGCAAAAUGUAGCGGAUACCCUUCCUAUCCUGCCUUGAUCGUCGACCCCCACAUGCCCCGGGUGGGGUGCCAGCACAACGGGGUGUCUAUCCCCAUGCCCCCCCUUGAUGUCCUCCGUGUCGGAGAACGGAUGCAGUACAAGAACGAAGAAAAACUCUUCCUCGUCCUUUUCUUUGACAACAAACGCAGCUGGCAAUGGCUUCCUAAGUCUAAGAUGGUCCCUCUGGGGAUUGACAAGACCAUCGACAAGAUCAAGAUGAUGGAGGGCAGAACGUCCAGCAUCCGUAAGGCUGUUCAGACGGCCUUCAAACGUGCCAUGAACCAUCUUAGCAUCGUUCAGGAUGAACCUGUCAGCGACAUGAGCGACGUGGACUAACACACACACACACACACACACACACACACCUACUCUCCAUUACACACAGACACCCAACCCCCCCUGAAUUACUGCUCAUGGCCUUGUCCUGUACCUGAGUCUGGCAUACUCUCCUUCCUUCUCCUCUUCGUCAGUCUUUCCAGAGUUCUACGCUGACUGUGUUUACCAGGUGCCUGCCUACCCCCCCCUGGCUUGAUAUGGUGCCUCCUUCCUCGUCAGCCCCCGCCCGCUGGUCUGACGGCUGCUGCUUUAAUGAAUGUGCCCGAGUUCCCCUCCUAUCUACCUUUCUCCAAAGGUCGUGUUCUAAUUGAAAACUAAUAGAAACAGGGUGGGUUUAAUGGACUUGCCCAAAAAAGAAACGCUCAUUGCCGUUUUCUUUCAAAACCAUUUUGAUAUGUUUCCUGCUGUGUUCCGUAAGGAACAUGACCCCAUGACUGCAAGACUGCUGCCAUGAUCCUUCUCUAUGCCCUAUGACCAUGCCACUGCCAAGAUGGGCUGCUUCUUCCUCACCUCACUCAUCUCACCUUAUGCCAUUUAUUUCCACCCAAAACUACCUACUAUGUUUUAAAGUUAACUGUAAAUAACUGCAAUAUUUGUCUGACACACUAACUUAUUGUGUAGAUUGAAAGAAAUUGGUACUGUACAAUGGCUUUUCUUACUAGUAUUUAUACUUUUCGGUGAAUUAUGUAAGCACUACGGUGUGGUAUUUCCAAGUGCUGUGAAUAUAAGACAAGUGUAAAAAUCCUUAGCAGUGUAAUUUUUCUUUACAUUUUUUUUCUUUUUUGUAUUUUCUUUUAAGUUAUUGAAGUUUCUAAAUAUAAGCUUCCCUUUGGCAUUAGUCCUUUUGUAAUAUUGUUUUUUAACAAUAGUUUUCGUAUAUUUUGUUCGUACAUAUUUAUGAUUGAGUGCCUUCGGAAAGUAUUCAGACCCCUUGACUUUUUCCACAUUUUGUGAGGUUACAGCCUUAUUCUAAAAUGUAUUAAAUUGUUUUUUCCACCUCCAUCUACACACAAUACCCCAUAAUGACAAGGCAAAAACAGGUUUUUAGAAAUGUUUGCUAAUUUAUAAAAAAUAAACUGAUAUCACAUUUACCUAAGUAUUCAGACCCUUUACUCAGUACUUUGUUGAAGCACCUUUGGCAGCGAUUACAGCCGCGAGUCUUCAUGCGUAUGACGCUACAAGCUUGGUACACCUGUAUUUGGGGAGUUUCUCCUGUUCUUCUCUGCAGUUCUUCUCCAGCUCUGUCAGGUUGGAUGGGGAGCAUUGCUGCACAGCUAUUUUCAGGUCUCUCCGGAGUUGUUCGAUCGGGUACAAGUCCGGGCUCUGGCUGGGCCACUCAAUGACAUUCAGAGACUUCUCCCAAAGCCACUCCUGCGUUGUCUUGGCUGUGUGCUUAGGGUCGUUGGGAUGUGAGCCUUCACUCCAGUCUGAGGUCCUGAGCGCUCCAGAGCGCUCUUCAUCAAGGAUGUCUUUGUUCUGCUCUGUUCAUCUUUGCCUUGAUCCUGACUAGUCUCCCAGGCCCUGCCACUGGAAAACAUCCCCACAGCAUAAUGUUGCUACCACCAUGCUUCAUUGUAGGGAUGGUGCAAGGUUUCCUCCAGAUGUGACACUUGACAUUCAGGCCAAAGAGUUCAAUCUUGGUUUCAUCAGACCAGAGAAUCUUGUUUCACAUGGUCUGAGAGUCUUUAGGUGCCUUUUGGACAGCCCUGUUAGGAGUUUGCAUGUGCCUUUUACUGAGGAGUGGCUUCCGUCUGGUCACUCUACCAUAAAGGCCUGAUUGGUGGAGUGCUGCAGAGAUGGUUGUCCUUCUGGUCGGUUCUCCGAUCUCCACAGAGGAACUCUAGAGCUCUGUAAGAGUGACCAUCGGGUUCUUGGUAACCUCCCUGACCAAGGGCCUUCUCCCCCUUUUUUGCUCAGUUUGGCUGGGUGGCCAGCUCUAGGAAGAGUCUUGGUUGUUCCAAACUUAUUCCUUUUAAAAAUGAUGGAGGUCACUGUGUUCUUGGGGACCUUCAAUGCUGCAGACAUUUUUUGGUACCCAGAUCAGGGCCUCAACACAAUCCUGUCUCGGAGCUCUACGGACAGUCCCUUCCACCUCAUGGCUUGGUUUUUGCUCUGACAUGCACUGUCGACUGUGGGACCUUAUAUAGACAGGUGUGUGCCUUUCCAAAUCAUGUCCAAUCAAUUUAAUUUACCACAGGUGGACUCCAAUCAAGAUGUAGAAACAUCUCAAGGUUGAUCAAUGGAAACAGGAUGCACCUGAGCUCAAUUUCGAGUCUCAUAGCAAAAGGUCUGAAUACUUAUGUAAAUAAGGUAUUUGUUUUUUAUUCCUAAUACAUUUUCAGCAUUUCUAAAAACCUGUUCACUUUGUAAUUAUGGGGUAUUGUAUGUAGAUGGGUAUUUUUUUUAAAUCCAUUUUAGAGUAAGGCUGUAACGUGAAAAAGUCAAGGGGUCUGAAUGCUUUCCGCAGGCAAUGUAUGCGUGUGUGUGUGUGUGUGUGUAUAUAUAUAUAUAUAUAUACAUUAUGAGAGAGAGAUAUCUGUAUAAUUCAGAUGCUCACGUGUUGGGAAGUAUUUUGUUGUUAUGGAAACCGAAAGUGCGUUGUUCUCAAGAAACCAAAAAACUUGCUGCCCAGAUUAUUUUAUACUUGGAUUUGUUUGUGCCUGUGUUUUGGAAGUUUAUUGGAAAAAAAAUGGUUAAAAGUUUAUUUUUUACAACAGGAUUUUGACUGUUACUUACUUCUAGGACCUUUUAUUGUAGACUUAGGAAGAUGUGCCUGUUAUUUAUUGUAAAGUAUUUGUAUUACUUUAUAUUUGGAGAAUCAUGUAAGAGUUUCUAGUGGUUAUCGGCUCAUUUUGAGGUGAAUCCUUGGGUUGCGUUUUUACUUCUGGUUAAUUUGAUGGUUUAGCUGUAGACUUCACAACAUUAUUUUUAUAGUAAGUUCUUUUUCUAGGUAGCAUUGGGUAGUUUUGGAUAAUUUCAUUCUUAGUUGAUUUCUUUUUUUAUCAUCAGGUCUAUUACUGGGACUGUCCUUCCUUUUUUAUCAAGACACAGAUAAUAAAAAGACAAGGAUGUAAAAUCA